AUGUGCAUCUUCGAUCUGUUUACGUCAAUUGUCGUGUAUUCUUUCGCGAUGGACGGUUGUGAUUCAACUUUCUCCCCGAAAAGGAUGCUAGCUGUUUCAAUACGUAAGCGGCGAAGUUUUCGUAGCUCGAAAGUGGAGGAUUUGCGAAUGGAAGUACUGACAGAAUGUGUGAUCAGGCAGCUAUGCACGCAAAUUGAAAAGCGGAAGCGGCGACUUGGAGGCGCCGAAGACGAACGGGACGCUAAACGACGGGCAAUAACUUGGCUUGUUGCCUGUGCUGUAACGUUAGCGAUGGAUCCAUUUGGCGGUGACGGUGAAGUGAGCUUCGACGAACGACUUUUGUUAAACGCCCGCUCCUAUAUAAAAGCUGGUAAAGAUCAGUUUCUCAAAAAUCUUGUGUUCAGCUCUAUUGCUGUAAUGCGUUCUUUCGUUUUCCAAGCGUAUUUGACUUGUUACCUUUUCGUAAGCGACUGA